AUGCAGUCCCAUUCUUCGCCACCAGGGACCUCGACCAGCUUGAAGAAAGCUCCGGCGGCGGCGGUGGCGGCGACCACAACGACGACCACCCAGCUCCAAACGCUCACUUCUGGCGAUUCCAUAAGAGCAUCUGUCAACCACCUGCUUGCAAGGGCGUUUUCUCUCCCCUGCUCGACAGCUGCGUUGGCUUUUACUCAGCUCGUUCAGCCAACCUCGCGAUUUCAGCUGGCUCUUGACGCGUUGUUGCCAAUUCUUGAUUCCAACACGUCUGCUGAGCAACAGGGGCUCACCAUCGAUGUGCACGUUCUACAGCUAGCUCAACGGAUUCUGGUCUCUUUUAUUCUGUAUUCGCUGUAUACGCCCCAUCCCGUCACCAUCAACCCCUUCAAAUCGGCUCUCCUCGUGGCUUACGUGAGGGAGCGUGAAAAGGCCGUCAGCAUUGCAAAUGAGGGUGGAGUUAGCCCCAAUGAGCAGUUUGUUUGGGUCUUGUGGAAAAUCCUGAAAGGUGAUGGUAAUGAUGUGAGUGUCACCAUUGCUUCUGCCCGCCACGCUCUGUCUAAUCGUACCCAAUCCGCCCAGAUUGGCCCAUAUUCCCCGAGCACGCUGUCACGCUGCCCACUUCCACCUAAACUAAGAGCGAUUAAUCUGGUCCUUGAUGAAGAAUUGUAUAAUAGUAUUUCUGACAUAGACGAUUCUACUUAUCAUUAUUUUGUAAACAAACGCAGGCUAUCGGCCUCCUCCGAUACUGACGAAUCCACGACCAACUCUACGCAUACGCACACCUACAUUCACGACUCGAGAUCGCCUGUUCCUCGUGCAAUCUCGGACACCCCAUCUCGCUCGCCCGUCAACUUUGAUGAGGACAGAAAGAAUGAAAGGCUCAUCCAUGCUAUGAAACUUUUGCUGGCAGCUCGCGAUCGCGUUCUCAGUCUGUCUGAGCAACGAAUGCUGGUACCGAUCAUCCCCGACCUUGCCAACACUAAUAUCAUCACCUCCAUCGAUCUGGCCCCCAUCAUCGCACAUAAUCCUACCAUUGCGCACCCGCUCCUCGUUGCCCUGCUCACGAACCCCAACCCGGAGAAGAACAAUCCUCUGCCGUUCUUGGACGUCAUUCCGUUCUUACCUCCCACACUCGCAACUUUCGACCUCUUUGGCCGCCUUUUGCGCGACCAAACGAGGGUCACGGUGCAGGGAUACUCCACGGUUGCUGACCUCGUGUUGAUUGAGGUCUUGGCCCGCUUUGUACACGAGUGCAUCAACUGGCUGGACCACGCAGAGCGUGAGGAACGAGAGGGCAAUAUCAGUGAUGAUCGAUUUGCUAAAGGAGUCCAGAACUUGUGCCGGUUCUACAACUCGCUCAUCAAGUUCAACAUUGUCGAUCCGACUGCGGACGCAGACUCGACUGAGAUGGCACACUUUAGCCUGCGCAAUGCCCGCUUCGAGGAAGCCAACAAUCUCUAUCGCGUCAUCGCCACAUCCAGGUUCUAA